AUGGCCGCCACUGCACACCAGUAUGCUACCCUCCCGCUUGAGGACGAUCGCUCGCCUUUGAGUCCGACUGCUUUCACGCCGUCGCCAACGUUUCCCGAACAUGACCUACCCUACACACCAUUUUCUGUUGCUUUCGAGGAUCUUGGAGGUUCUUUGUCGACCGACGAGCAUCCUUCAGCGCACCAGCAGUCGAUCCCUGAUGUCCUCAAGUCUUUGACCAGCUCUCACUUAUCCACCCAAUCCUAUGAAUUGGUCGAAGAGGAUGAUUACGAACAUGCGCAGAUAACGCCUCGAUUGCCCAAGAAGAUGGCCGACGUUAUGGCAGACGCCGUAUCGUCCAAACCCAAGGAAGAUACACCUGUUCGCACCGCUUCCAUCAGUCGAAAUCUGCCUCUACAUAAUCCUACACCUGACCUCCAGUCGUUACAAGGGGCAUAUGUACGGAAUGUACAGGCGUUGGAGGACAGUGCUGAGCGGAUGAGUUUGGCCGGCAGCAUAGAGGAAGAACUACAGAGGAUGAAAGCAGACAUGCGACGCUCGGAGAGCUUGAAGAGUGCUGGUUACAGGUCUAGACAAUACAGCACCACAUCCAUGUCCAACUCAAUCAUUGGCGUAAAUGCCGCCGCUCGAUCCGGAGGACAUAUGGCCUCAAGUUUCAUCACCUCUCCUGUUGGUUCUAUAUCACAUACCCAGCCCGUGCAACGCACGACGAGGCUGUCAAAAACUUCGAACCCCUUGCCAGAACCCGAACUCGAAGGUCGUCCGCUGGAGUCAGCCAUGACACAUUCACCACCUGCCCAUGCGAUGCAGCCUCGACCGUCUACUGAUGACCAGCGCCCCUCCUCUGGGCCCUCUGUACAAGAACGACCUGGAACAUCUGCAUCGAAUGACACCUACCGACAAGCCCAGAACCUGUUCACUGACUUCGACGGCAUACAUUUUUCUCCAGAUGAAGAAACUUUUGGCAAACGCAUCUCACUCACCCACCCGCCACUGGCACGAGAUUCCAAGGUCUAUCGAGAGGCACAACCGGACCAGAAAAUGGUUUACUAUCCAGCUCCUGUACCUGUCAUGCUGAACCUGCCGAAAAGACUUUCGCGAGGCGACUGGGCACAGCAGCAGAAAAGAAGAACAAUUGCAUUACAGAGUAUUCCGGCAGACAAUCGCAAGUCCGCAAUAUGGCUCGCCAAUGCCGAGACGGACGCCGAGUAUGAAGUAGAGACGCCGAAGCGCAGGUCAACAAUACCGCCCCAACUACGUGCCAGCGCCUUCUUCGACGCACCAGGGCAGCGUACAGACAUCCAGCUAGAGCAUGAUUCCGCCGUAAAAACACUCGACAGCAUUCUCGAUGCUGCAGCUCAUGCUCCUGUGAGUGCCUUCACCGACCAUCCUAUCGUUGGCCAACUAGGCAAAGAAGUCUACGGUCAAGCACCGCAACACCGGAAAAGGCCUUCGGAGACCAAACAACGCCGGAAAAGCUCUCUGAGCAACAUUCUGGGCAAACGUAAAUCCACUGGAACCUUGAAUGCUUCAAGAAGGAUGUCGCAAACACUUGAUAUCGAAGUGGGGUUGCCCGAUGAUGAUCCUGAGAGGGAGGCCGAUAGAUCGAUUGCACCAGACAUAGAUGAGCUUGUUGAACACGAGAAGACAGGUUCUGAUGACGGCGAGGAGCAAGUCGAGGGAGAUGAAGAGGAAGAGCCAGAAGAAGAGUACCAGUAUGGCUUUCAUAACGCACCAACUACAUUACUAGCAGAGCUGCAGAUGCGUAAGGCUCAGCAGAAGCUCAGGAACAGAACUGCUGCCAAUGCUUUUUCCACUGGUAUGCACUCUACCCUACUCGAGCUGGAUGCUGUGUCCCAAUUGCAGCAAAAAGCCCGUAAACAGAAGCAUGUCGCAUUAGCAUGGGAAGACAAGGCAGAGGUCGACAGGGACAAUUUCGAGGACGAAGAUAUACCGCUUGGUGUGUUGUUUCCAGAGAAGGAGCGUCAAAGCCAUGUAAACUUGAACCGACCGCUUGGAUUGAUGGCAAGAAAAGAGCUUGAAGAGAAUGAGCCGCUCAGUUCCAGAAGAGCUAGAUUGAGAGGCGAGCCGUACAAGCCCACGCCACAUGUACCAGAGCCAAGUCCUGCCCAUGCAGACCCAGCACCUGUAAUUACGUUAGCCGGUAUCGAUGACGAAGCUGCUGAGGAAGGCCCUGAAGAGGAGACUCUAGCUCAGCGACGACAGAGAAUGAGAGGAAAGCAGAACAGGCGAUCGAGCUUAGCAGAUGAGGUUGCGAGCCAGCUGGGUCUGGACGCAGAACAGAUUCGUCGUGCCGGAUCGCAAAACUCAGAAGCUGUAGGAGAACAGGAAGAAACAUUGGGACAACGUCGCCAGCGUCUACAAGCCGAGGCCGAGAAGGCCGCCCCUGCUCUGAAGCCCAAGACCAGCAUGGGUGAUCUUCUUCGUGCCAAUCCAGUGGGUUUCCGCAACGAAGAGCAACAGGCUUCUGCUGAGAGUAAGAUCAAUCUGCUUCUGAACAGACGCAACCCAGCAACGCCUCUUGUUGGUCACAUCCAGGCAGCUCAACCUGGAAACAGAACACUGCCUCACAGUGCGUUGCAGAGCUUCGACCAGAGAAGUCCACCUCCAUACUUCCCUAAUCAGCCACUACUCCAACUCCAUCAACAGCAGCAGCAACAACAACAAAUGUAUGCGAGCGCGAUGCAAUCGAUGCCAAACCUCACCACGGUAAAUGGCUUCAAUGGAAACUAUGGUAUGAACAGUUUUGGACUACCGCAACAGCAGCAGCAAUCUCCUUACAACAAUCCAAGCAUGAACAUGACCACUUUGGGCUUGAGCAUGAAUGGCACCAACAACAUGAAUAUGGGUAUGAUGUACAAUCCUAUGGCGGCUGGAAUGCCAAUGCAAAUGCCUAUGAUGCCGCCAGGUUAUGAUCAUAUUGGUAUGGGUCCGCCCUUGAACUCACAGCAGAGGGCUAGCAUUGAUCGUUGGAGGCAAGGCAUUGCAUAA